AUGAGGUUUUACCUCUUUGCCCUCUUCCUCGCUGUCGUCAUGCUGCCUGCACGUGCUGAUCUUGCUUUGGUUUUCGGGGCAUCUGGGGAUCAAGCAACACCAAGUCUGGAGUACAAUAACUCCAUGGGACAUCAGGCGACUAACGCUUCUGUCGGCCUAGAACAAGAAGAUCGAAACAAUGUCGGUCUUGACAAGGUCGCAGGUCUACUGGUACCGACACGGUUCAAGCAGCUGCAAGGACUCCCUCGGAUCGAUGAUUCAGUGAAAGACGCCUUCGAGACUUUAGGACUCAACUCCAUGCCGAUCAGCAGGGAUGAAAUUAUCCAGGAACACUUGGUGACCAACUUCUUCUCGAGUCGCGAAUUCAAUCGCUGGGCCAAGCACGUUGCCAGGACAAACAAGCAGGACCGUUACGCUGCGAUGUUUGACGUUCUGCAGGCUACCUUCAACGAGAAAAACGUGGCUACACUCAUCAUACUGGCGAAGGAUUCAUGGAGGACACACAAGCUUGGCGAGAAGCUGGAGACAGCGCAGUUUGAGUGGUGGUUCUCGCAGGGAUACGGGCCAGAUUACAUUCUGAUGAGGAUACUUGACAUACGACGACAGUAUUUGCCGCAUCACAGUCGGCUAGAUAGUAUACAUCGACGCUACAGCGAUUUCUUCGACGCGAAAAGCAAUCUCCCGGGACCCAAAGAGUCUGCCGGCAGCGCCUACGAGGUCUUGAGGCUGAAGUCCCUGUUGGAACCCAAAGUUGGAUAUUCCAAGAAAGAGCUAGUAGUCGAGUACUUUUCAAGUCGAAAAUUCAAGCGCUGGACUGACCACGUCACCAAGAAAAGCAAGAAGGGCCGGGACGUUGCGAUGUUUGAAGUUCUCGUGAGCGUUCACAAGGAGAGAGAGGUGGCUAAAAUGCUUGCGCUGGCAAACGAUUCACGGAGGACACGCUUAAUUGGCAUGGCGCUUGAAACGACGCAGUUCAGGUGGUGGGUUUGGAAGGGGUACCAGUCAGCUGACCUUCCGAAAAAAGUCUUUGGGUUGACGAUCGAGGACAUGCCCGAUAAUCCAUGGCUACAACGUCUAUGCAAACGAUACAGCAAGUUCACAGAAAAGCAGACGACAGCUCCCAUCCCGGUGGUCGUAAUCAUGCAUCCAAGUAGCAAACGGGAGGAGAAGCUCCGUUCGCCAUGA